UACCAAAAUGUAACGUAGUACGGCAUCAAAUGACUUUAAUUACAUGGACAUCUUUUGACAUACAUCUUUGUUGAUAAAUUUGAACUCGUUAGGAUACCGGAUAAAAUUUUUAGAAUAGUUACUGAAAAUUUAUCCUAGAAUUCAAAUUAAUGUCGGACGUUCUAGUUCUAAGCGCCCAAAUUGUUCGUGGACUUAAUGAUAAAGCAUAUGAAAAACGUAAAGCCGCUGCAUUAGAAGUUGAAAAGCUUAUUCGUGAAUACUCUGCGAGCAAAGAAACCGAAAGAGUUCGAGCAAUUCUAGAUAAACUCGUUCAAGAUUUUGCGUAUUCAGUAAAUGCUAAUGCACGCAAUGGAGGAUUAAUUGGUUUGGCAGCCGCGUCUAUUGCUCUAGGCCCUGACGUAGCUGCAUAUUUGGAUGAUAUUGUUCCUCCAGUUCUCGCUUGCUUCGCAGAUCAAGAUUCUCGUGUCAGAUAUUAUGCUUGUGAAAGCAUGUAUAAUAUUGCGAAAGUGUCAAAAGGAGAAAUAUUGCGAUAUUUCAAUGAAGUAUUUGAUGCGAUGAGCAAGCUAGCUGCGGAUUCUGAACUUUCUGUUAAAAAUGGUGCUGAACUUCUGGAUAGAUUAAUUAAAGAUAUUGUGGCGGAACAGUCUACUACAUAUGUAUCUAUCUUAGCUCAUCCUCCUCUGUCACACGAUGACUCAAUGGGACCAGUUUCAAUGCCACGUACAACUGCUUUCUCAUUACCUAGAUUUAUUCCUUUACUUUCCGAACGUAUCCGAGCGAAAAAUCCAUUUACACGUAAUUUCCUGGUAUCGUGGAUUACUGUACUGGACUCAAUACCGGAUCUUGAACUAGUAUCAUUUUUGCCGGACUUCUUGGAUGGUCUUUUGCAAUUUUUAAGUGAUCCAAAUGAUGUUAGAUAUGCGACUUCAUCAGUACUUGCAAAUUUCUUAGCUGAGAUACGUAUAACAGUCGAAGUUAAAGAACAACAAAAACAGCAAUCAAUGAAAACUUAUUUUCUUGAACAACAAAAACUAUCUGAAACUGCUAGUGACGCAGGUGAAAGUAUAAAAGAUGGUGAUGGCGAUGACGCUACACUAGUGAAAUCAUCUAUUAAUUCAGCUGAUGGAGAUGUUAACUGGGAUGCAGUUUCGAUAAGUGAAACAGAGGGAAAGGGCAAAGGUUCAUGGGUUCCUGGCCAAGGAGUUGUCAUUAGUUAUACUCGAAUUGUUGAAAUUUUAAUGCCUCAUUUGUCUUCUCAUGAGGAAGAGAUUCAGGCAACUGCAUUAAAAUGGAUAAACGAAUUUAUAACACUCGCCAAAGAUGUCAUAAUUGCCUUUACACCACAACUGAUAAGCGCUGUCCUACCUUCGUUAGCCCAUUUAGUAGUACCUAUCAGAAAUGUUGCAGUGGAAGUGAAUCGGAACCUAUACAAAUUGAUUCUUGAAACUCCAACCAAUACUAAUCCAUCCCUACAACCACCUCCAUACUCUUCUGCACAUUUAUCAUCUGUUUCGCCCGUGGAUUCUUCCGUUCUUUUAUCGCAUAUGGGAAACAAUAAAGAAACCAAUAGUAUUAAUACACUACCUUUAAUUUAUGAACAGGCAGAUCCAUUUGAUUAUCAGGAAACUGUUAAAGCUUUGGUACAUCAAUUUAAAAAUGAUCAUGAAGAAACAAGGGUGGCCAGUUUGGAUUGGCUAUUAAUGUUGCAUAAGAAAGCACCCAAAAAGAUUCUUGCAAUUGAUGAUGGUACUUUUCCAGUACUGUUGAAGACUCUCUCAGAUCAAUCAGAGGAGGUCGUAAAACGCGAUCUUCAACUUCUUGCACAAUUAUCUUCUAGUUCAGAAGAUGAAUUCUUUACUCGUUUUAUGGUCGAUUUGUUGAAAUUGUUUAGUACUGAUCGACGGCUAUUAGAAUCAAGAGGUAGCUUGAUUAUACGACAUUUAUGUUCGAGUCUUAAUUCAGAAAGAAUUUAUCGCACCUUUGCGGAAAUAUUGGAAAGGGAGGAGGACAUAGAGUUUGCCUCCAAUAUGGUACAAAAUCUUAACAGUAUUCUUAUUACCACUCCUGAACUUUCUGAUUUGCGAAAAAGACUUAAAAAUCUUGAAACAAAAGACGGACAAAUGUUGUUUACUGCUUUGUACAAAUCCUGGUGCCAUAAUCCUGUUUCUACAUUUUCACUAUGUUUACUAGCACAGGCUUAUGAACAUGCGGCAAAUUUGUUACAAAGUUUUGCCGAUUUGGAUAUAACUGUAAAUCUCCUUAUUCAGAUCGACAAACUUGUCCAAUUGAUAGAAUCGCCAGUAUUCACCUAUCUUCGUUUACAACUUCUUGAACCAGAAAAAUAUCCGUAUCUUUUCAAAUGUCUUUAUGGUUUAUUAAUGCUUUUACCACAGAGUAGUGCUUUUGCCAGUUUAAAGAAUCGACUGACUAGUGUUUCAUCAAUGGGAUUCUUACAUUUGAUACCAAAAAGUGCACACACGACGGAUAUCAGAAGGCCAAAAGGAGUACCCACAAAGGAAGAUGGUAUAAAAUUCCAAGAGCUUCUAACUCAUUUUAGAGCUGUACAGACGAAACAUGAAAAGACACGCAAACAAUCUCUUCAAUCCCUCGGGCGUUCAAACAGUCAGUUGAACCGAAAUCGACAUGGUCGAAAUCGUGAUCGAGAUAAAUCAACAUUUCCCUCAUCAAAUCUGUCACCAUCAACACAUUUAUCUACAAACAAGCAUAUUGGAAGUAAUGCACAAUCGCCUCCUCAUAGUAGUGAUCAUAAAGGAGGAUCUGGUACUAGUGGUAGUACCUCCAGUGGGAUAAUAUCAACGAGUCAGCCUAAAAGGAGGCUGAGUGCCGCAAGUAAUGCUAGUGCAACUAGCGAUCACGGCGGAAAUUCUAGUUCUCGACCACAAAGUCCUCCUAUUAAUAGUAGUAAACGCGGAAUCGUAUACAGGAAAUAAUAUUUUUAUUUUUUAUGUUCCGAAAAACAUUAUUAAAUAUAUCAAGCGUAAGCCCUUCAUUAUUAAUAUAUAGUAUAAUUUGACGUGAUUUUAAUUAUAUAUGUUAUCAAUUAUUUAAACUUCAAUUGUACAUUAAUUAUUAUUUUUGAGUUAUGUUGA